GUCGUUCUCUGUUUAGCUGAUCGGAGCUGUAAUAAUAGCUAAUGAAUCCACCAAUGACGCUACGGCACCGUCUGAGCUCAUCCCCUUGAGCACUACAAGUGACUGCCGAGCACGCAUCCACAGGGAGAGAGCGAGGAUGGGACUGAGACGGAGGAGGGAGUCCUCUGGUUCAGAUGAGCAAGGGCGUGGUGGCGGAGAGGCGGAGCCGUCCACUUCUCAGCCCGGUGGCGUACUACGUUUCCCCUGGGCGGCGCAGCCGGAGAUCAUGAGAGCCGCCGAGAAGGACGACCAGUACGCCUCCUACGUCUACGAAGCUUGCCGUGACGCUUUUCGCCAUCUAUUCGGUACUAGACUUUCUGUAGCCUAUCAAAGGGAGACACAACUUUUGGGACAGAUGCUUUAUUAUAUUUUAACAACAGGUUCGGGGCUGCAAACUCUUGGGGAAGAAUACUGUGACAUCACUCAGGUUGCAGGGCCAUAUGGACUUUCUCCAACUCCUGCAAGGCGUGCUCUUUUCAUUGUGUACCAGACUGCAGUUCCUUAUAUCGCAGAAAGGAUCAGCUCUAGAAUUGCUGCACGUGGCAUUGUCCUUGCAGAUUCACAGUCUGAUGAGCCGUAUGGUGAUGGUGCUCCAAGGAGCAGUCGAAUUCAAUCUUCUUUGGUUACAGAUGUACAGUCAUCCUCUAGAUCAGGGACGUCUGAUUCAGUUAUGUCCAGAUUGAAAGAGAAACUUAGUGGAUUAUGGUUGUAUGCAGUCCAGAGAUGGCCGACAGUGCUGCCCUUAGUUCGUGAGUUUUUGCUAUUGGGUCUUCGCACUAACUUGAUGUUAUUUUAUUUUGAAGGCCUAUAUUAUCAUAUAUCAAAACGUGCAGCUGGUAUUCGUUAUGUGUUCAUUGGGAAACCAUUGAAUCAAAGGCCUCGGUACCAAAUACUGGGUGUAUUCCUUUUAAUUCAGUUAUGUAUCCUUGCCGCUGAAGGAUUACGGCGCAGCAAUUUGUCUUCUAUUGCAAGUUCAGUUCAUCAGACAUCCUUGGGAACCUACCAAACGUCAGCAGGGCGAGGUUUGCCUGUUUUAAACGAAGAAGGCAGUUUGAUACCUUUGGACUCUGACAGGGGAAAUUGGGUUUCAGAUUCCUCAUCAACUUCAGAGUCUCAAGCUGCAGGUGGACUUGGCAAAUGCACACUAUGCUUAAGUAACCGCCAACAUCCAACAGCCACACCUUGUGGUCAUGUAUUCUGCUGGAGCUGCAUUACGGAAUGGUGCAAUGAAAAGCCUGAGUGCCCUCUGUGUCGAACUCCUUUAACUCAUUCAAGCUUAGUUUGUUUAUAUCAUUCAGACUUCUAAUACUUGUUUAUGGUGCAACUAGUUAACUUUGUUUCAAGCAUGUGGAGAUCUUGGUAUAAGGAGUUUAGUGGUGAGUCUGGCGACUGUAAUCACUGUACCCCAAAAUAGAAAAAAUGGUUGCUAAAAGUUGCAUAUCUAAUGAAGCAUAGACUAGUAAUAAAAAAAAAUAAAAAAUGAGAUAUUCUUUUUUACAAAGUAUGUGGUAUUAGCCCUUCUGGCAACACAAGUGUGUAACCUGGGUUCUUGGGUUCAUCCAGUUUUGUUUCAUGUUCUUCAUUUUUUAACGUAAAUAAACGUCGUUUUGUGCUUA